AUGGACGCCAGUGAUAUCGGACGAUAUGGCACUUUGUCUCUGCUGAAAAGACACGACCCAGACACAAUCGUAGCGUCUUACCCUAUAGACGACUCGCAGAUCACGAUAGGACGUGAUCCGAGCUGCAGUAUCCGCCUGUACUACCCGGCCGUCAGCGCGCUGCAUUGCAAACUCGUCUUCAACGAAGACAACAAAGCCUUCUUGGUCGUGUUGGGCUCGAACGGCGUGCUCGUCGAUGGCUGUCCCGUCUUUCCGGCACCUACAAACUCAGCGCCUGCGACAGUGCCGCUACCAAACAACUCCACGCUUGAAGUCCACAAGAAGAGCUUCCGGUUUGCUUACCCGCCCAAACACCUUCGUCCUGUCUUUGCGACACUCCCGCCCACGCCCGGGCCCACAGAUACCCCUGGUCGCCACCGCGCUCUCCGAAUGUCGAUGAUCCACAGCGCGCAUGUCUUCUCGCCACGCCCGUCCGACGACCCGAGGGAGAACCUGCGUGUUCUCCAGUCCCCAAUGAAGUCGCCGUUCAAGAUGCAGCAGCAAAGGUCUGAUGCUGACACUGCAGGCGAGGAUGAGAUCGUGCUGGUGGAGAGUGACCACCCGCGGGUCGUCGAGUCUGACAGGGACCUCGUCAUCCUGGACCAUGUCACAGUCACAGACUCGGCGCCCCCACCUUCACCAUAUGCCCAGACCUCACCGACAAAGUCUCUCGCGCCGCAGAUGCUGCUGCCACAGCAGGCUUGGGCGCCACCGCGCACACCUGUGAGACGGCCGCCGCGUGCGUCGCUUCACCGUGCAGUGCUCAUCCGAUCGGCCCAACGCGUAGCGCUGCGACAGGAGAUGCAGAUGGAAGAGGAGAUGGAGGUGGAGGAGGUGGAAGAGAGCAUCAUGGGGGACGAGGGAAUGGAAGAUGUCGAGGAGGAAGACGACGCUGGCUACGAGGAGCAGGUCGUGGAGGUCAGGGAUCAGGAGCAGCGCUCAACGCCAAUGUCUGGGUGGCGCAAAAGUUUGGAGGCGGUCAAAGGAAGCCUCGGAUGGGCAUUCCGCGCGGCGUCCGUUGAGGCGGAACCGCAGGCGAACGAGGAUGCCAACUCCGAAUUAACAAAUGAUCAGGACCAAUAUAAAGAACAGGAAGGACACGAAGAAGAAGAACAGGGAGAACAUGACUAUGACGAGCAGGGAGGACACGACUAUGAGGAACAAUUGGAACAGGACGACCAACAACAGUAUGAAGAAUACGGUGCCUACGAACAACAUGACGAACAGACAGACGAUAUGCCCAUGAACGAACAGGAAGAUACUCUCCAGCCCGUCUCUCCGCCCCCUCGGCCCCUCGGUGCUUUCAUGACACCGCAACCCGGGGCCAGCAAACGCGCCAUGCGCUCUCAACGGUUUCGUUAUUCUGUGGGUGGUAUCGCUCCUGGCGGUCUUAGUAGCUCGGUGUCUGGACCUACGGGUCCACGUCGUGUGCGUCUUGUAGAACCGUGGAAGGUGACAGAGCUUCUCGUGCCACUAAAGGAUACUGAUGUCAAGGAAGAGGAUGAGAGCAAAGUGGAGGAAAAUGUAUCUGUUCCUCCGAGCACGUCGCCGCGGAAGGAGCGGGCGACUGAGGAAGAACGCAGGGCCAUCCGUGAGAGGCGACGGUCUGCACUGACUACGCCGGAUAACUUCUUCAAUGGCCAAGUGCCGGGCUCUCGACGUACGCCCUUCCUCCAGUCAACGCCUGCUUUGCCCUCGCUCUUCGCGUCUGCCUCGGCUAGAAACAUCCUAGGCCCGUCCCCAGCAAAAGCUAAUGACAGUUCCACCAAGGUGGAGGAAAGCGAGGAGAACACGGAAGUGCUGCUGGCCCGCAUGCGGCAGAUGGUCGAGGGCGUCAAGAAGCGGCAGAGCAUGGAAGCGAGUGUUGAGCACUCCCGACGGAUGUCGGUGAGCCCAAGGAAGAAGAGCACAUUUUCCCUCCUGGCAGCAGAGGCUGAGCAAGGCAUCAUCGCCGAGGAAGAAGAGGAUCGUGGCAUGGAGACAGAUGCAGUAGGGGGACAGCCACAUGACGUGGAUAACGAGAUGGGCGAAGAGUUCGAUAUGUUCAUGGGCGAGGAAAUGGCCGAAGAGCCUGUUCACGCAGACGAGGCGAUGGACGACGAAGAUGAAAAUGUGCCCGUGGCCGGCCCUUCUACACAUUUCCAGCCUCCGAAGACUCCAAAGAUGAAUGAUCUGCGACAUGUCUUCUCAGCUCCUGCGGCCCCGGCAACACCCCGAUUCACUGGGGUACGCGAGCUGUUCAGAGAAGUCCCUACUGCACGAGAGACUCCAAGGAUGGACGGCGUACGUGACAUGUUCCUGCGCGAGCGAAGCAAGCGGGGGAUGGAGGAAUCGGCGCUGGAGGGCAUGGGCGAGAUGCUCGCCUCUCCUGCCGGAUGGCGAGGCCAACCUGCCCCUGAGACUGCCAUUGACGAGCGGGAGGCUGAGGUCGCUCAGCAAAAGCACGUAUCCAAGCCUGCUCCAUCACGUGUCACAAAGAGUAAGAUUGUACGCCCAAUUGCGAGUAUUCCUCGUCGGACACCAAGAUCUGCCGCCCAGCUACCGGAAUCGCGUGAGCCCGAGCCUGCAAUAGCUCCUGAGGCCAGUGCCGAUGUUGCAACUGCUGCAAGCAAGGGCGCACGCGUUGCGCCGAGGACCAGGACCCGGACAGCGGAGAGCGCGCAGGAGAGCGCAGGUGCUUCGGGCUCGUCGCGACCGCGCACCGAGGAGGAGGACACAGUACCUGAGUUGGCAAGCAAGACAAAACCUGCGACAAGGAGAAAGGCCGCGAGUGCAGCUAGCGACGACGAAGCAGCAGCAGCACCAACGACUGCUACCCGCCGUACGCGUAAAGCGACCGCGUCGCCUGCGCCGGAGGCAGAACCAUCGGCGACGAGGGUUGUCCGAAGGACCCGUCGCACGCCUGUGCCCGAGGAACCUCCCGCUGCACCUGUUGCGAAGCCAAGCACGGGGCGUCGUGGCGCCAGAGCCCAGCCCAUGGAAGAUGUUGAAGUGGCUGACCAAGACCCUGCAGACCAGCCGGCUGCUGCAGCAAGGGUGCGACGCAACACGCGCAGCAAGAUCCCCGUUGGUGCCGUAAAGGAAGAGGACGACGGUCACGCCGUACCGCCAGCCGGUGAAACGGGUGUCUCGCGCACCGCUCGCGGACGUAAGGCCCUCGGAUCUACAGGUGCCAAAGCAGCCGCCAGGGCAGGUACGAGCGCGAGUAAGAGCACAACGCGCGCGCGGACGGCGGCGUCUGCGAAGAAGGCCGCCGGAGAGUCUUCGGGCAAGUCGACACCCUCGGAGGAGGGCGAACUUGAGGAGGAAACCAACGCGGGUGAUAAAGAAAAUACACCGGAGCCGCAGGAAGAAGACGAGCCGGCCGCCACGAAAGGUAAGGCGACUGCGGGUGCAACUAAGGUGCCGGCAAACUCUCACUCGAAAGCGACACGAAGUGCAACGAAGGGUGCUGUUCGCACGGGAACGGAAGAACCCAGUGUGGCGGGAGAAGAGCCUGCAGCGGGGAGAAGAGUCGCGAGAACAAGGAUUGCCGUACGUCGAUGA